UUUUUUUUUUUAAUGUUUAUUUAUUUUUGAGAGAGAGACAGAGUGCAAGCAGGGGAGGGGCAGAGAGAGAGGGAGACACAGAAUCUGAAGCAGGCUCCAGGCUCUGAGCUGUCAGCACAGCGCCCGAUGAGGGGCUCGAACCCACAAACCAUGAGAUCAUGACCUGAGCCGAAGUCCGACGCUUAACCGACUGAGCCACCCAGGCACCCUAUUCCUACUUCCUCUUCUAGCAAAUCAAUCAUCUCAUAUUCUAAUACAUGGCAAAAAUACAUGGGAUCUCUCUCCAUAUUCCUAAUCCCCAAUCCAUCUCCUUAUCAACUUACUAGUAUCAGUAUCCAUCCUUGACUCUUCCCUUUCAGUCAGAUAGCCAUACAUUUUACAGAUAGUUGAGUGCCCAGUACAUGCCAGGCACUGUACUCUGCUUGACUCUGGAAAGUGUAUGUGUGUUGGUAGUGAGAGGUGACUGAGACUUAAAAGACAGAGGCAACAACCUGAGAAAAGGCAACAUGACACUGAAGAUCUGAAAGAUAGUAGGUGUGGCUGGUACACCACUGCUGGGUUUUGUGGGCCAACUAAAGAUUUAGUCUUUAUCAGAAUACAUGGAUGGAUUCUAGGUAGAUGACAUGAUCAAACGCACAUUUUGAAAGAUCACUCUUCUUAUUAAAGCUGUACUUACCUAUGUUAGUUUGUUCUCUGUCCUUCCCAGUAGCUAAAAAGAUUCCAAAUAGAUUCCCAGGCCCUAACACAGACCUAGAGUCAGAAUCUUUGGGGGCAGUCUGGAAGUCUGUCUGUUUACAAUGCUCCCAGGAGAUGCUGAAGAACAGCUAAGUCUGAGAUCCACUGUCUUAGAACAUUAAAAAAAUGAAACUUAGCAUACAAAUUUAUUUUUCUGCUUGUAUCUUGCAUCUAGUCUGGGCCUAUAAAAAUGGGUCUUUGAAAAGACUAUAAACUACCCGUCUGCCAUAAAACAUUCUUUGUAUCCUCCUUCUUUCUAUUAUGGGUUACCAUGAAUACCACUUCCUGGUCAAAAUGCCAAAGGACCGAAGAUAUUUUUCUUAACAAAUUCUUUCCCAUUUACAUAGGAAAUAAUGUUCUCUCUUCCUAAAUGAUUAUACAUCGUAACACAUUAGCUAGUGUUUAAAGAGCUAGUUAAGCUCUAUGGGGUGAACCCACAAUUACAAUUAAGCUCUACAGGGUGAACCACAAUUAUUCAAGUAACUGAAGAUCUAUAGUGCUGUGUGAUUCCUAAAGUUGUUCUAUUAGGGUUUUGCUUUUUUUGUUUUGUUUUGUUUUGUUUUUUAGAGAGCAUGAGCAGGGAAGAUGGUCAGGGUUGGAGGACAGAGAGAAAAUCUCAAGCAGGCUCCAUGCUGGGGCUCAAUCCCAUGACGCUGGGAUCAUGACCUGAGCCAAAAUCAAGAGUCAGACACUCCACCCACUAAGCCACCCAGUAGCCCUAUGCUAUUAGGUUUUUUAAUGUGCAUUUUUCUUUUAAAGAUAUGCCCUUCCCAAAUAUGUUCAAACUAAUCUUAGAAUAAAUAUGCAAUCCCCCCCCCCAAAAAAAAACAUAUUAGUCACAUGCUACACGAGAAAAAACAGAUUUGUCACAGAAAAUCCACAUACAGGCUGUAUAGAUCACUUAUGCUGAGUUAAGAUCAUGUUCAGUUCAGUUUGCAUUAUUUAUGAUUAAAAGACAAGAAUAGUACAAAAAAUGAAGGACAGUCCUCCAAUCUGUUUGCCAAGAGUCCUCAUCUUUUCUCUUUGCUCUACUUCUCUAUAAAGCAGACAAAAAUGCCAGAAAGUCAGAUGAUGCCAUAAGUGCUUUAACUUGGCAAAAUGCCAAAGAAGGCUACAGACAGACCAAGAGGAAGAGGAAAAAAAAAAAAAUCAGAUAAACUACCUCCUCCAAAUCAACAACCGCAGACAUUUUGAAGGACACAAAAAGGCAUCUGUAAUGCAGUUCUUCCCCAGCUUUGUAACCAAACACUUACGAGAAAUGUAUUUCUUCUUGCUCCAUCUCUUCAUGCCUACUAAUGAUCCUUUACGGGUGUAAAAUGGGGAAAUGCCAACUAUUUCAUAUGUUGGGAAGAUUAAAGGACAUUUAUUUCAGGAACGCUUAUAUGCUACUUACUCUGUGCCAGGCUCUUCUAUUUUACAGAUAUUAACACAUCUAAUCCUCCCAACAGCCCUAUAAGGUAGGUACUACUAUCCUUAUUUUACAAAUGGAGGAACUGAGGCACACAGAUAUAACUAAACUUGCUGGAGUUUAUCAGCAAAUACCUGGCAGAACCUGGAUUCCAAUCUAAGCGGAGUAGUCUUGAGCUCAUUUUUCCUUAGCUCCCCCUUUGCUACAGGAGAUAAUUUAGCCCCUCAAUUGAGCAGUAAGGGCUUGCUGGACGCCUCCAGGGAUAGUUGCUAAUAUCCCCCCCUUCAUCAUCAUUGUGAUUUCUGUUACACAAGCCAUAGAAGAGUAGUACUCUUCGGAGCAGCUUUCCCCAACCAACAAACACUUACUACUGCCGGUGAAGUUCAUUUAGGCCUUACCCUCCCGACCUCUUAGGGGCUUUCUACUCUGAUCCUCUGUCUGCACGCCCACGUAGCCCCAGCCUCCAGCACCAAUUGCGCGGCCACGACAUUUACUGACUCGGGGCCUGACUGGGUUGGUUCCUUCCCAGCAUGGGGGGUGGGGAGGGUGCUCUGAUAAUGGUGUGGGGAAUGAGAUGUCCAAUGCUGGCAGAGGUGUCACAGACUGAAGGGCUGGAGGGCUCAGCCCUCCAAUUCCUGGCGGACCCGUGAGGUCCCGAUGGGGUGCCGGAUGCAUACGCGUCCGCUGUAUGGAGAAACUUCACCUCAGGAGAAACUGAGGCAGGAGACCAGGCUUAAUUCCAAAUCUUAACCUAUACUUCAACUACCAGCUCAUUUCAAAAAAAAAAAAAAAAAAAAAAAAGGAGGAGGAAGAGGAAGAAGAAGGUGAAAGAGAAGGAACAGAAGAAAAGAAAAACUUUGAAGGUACUGUUCCAAGACACACAGCAACUCAGUAGCCUCUGCUCUCUACCAAAUCGCAAGAGUAAGAGAAGGAGACCGCACCCCUCUCUCCCGGCAAUGCUUCCCAUUGUGCCUUCCAUCCAGCCGGCAGCGGCUUCAGCCUUCCCCCCGGUUCGGCGUUCUCCCACCGGCGGAUCAAGGGAAGUAUCCCAGCCCACACUAAGCGGGGAACUCACGGCUAAGCAAGGGAGAUAUCCUGGCAGGGGCGGGGGGGGGGUGGCUGUCGCAUGGUUUUAGGGUCAGGGGAGGGGUCUGUAUAUUGCUCAUUGCCUUUUAGGUCCGGAACAAGAAGGGCGCCAAAAGAUCUUGAAUCACCAACCGCUGCCACCUGCCGGAAGCCACUGCUUGGGCGUGUUUCUCCAGCUGGAGAGAGGCAUAUCCCGUGAGCCCGCGAGCGCAUCCCGUGAGCCCGCGGGCGUUCGAGGACUACGACUCCCGGCAUGCUCCGAGGCCUCUGGGGUUAACCCUUCGGGACCCGCAGCCUCCCAGCGCCCCGCCUCCGCCCUUACCUGGAUCCCGCAGGAGAUGGGUGCCCCCAUCGGCACACUGUCCUUUGGCCACCGGACAUCAUGCCUCCCAAGAAGGAUGUUCCUAUGAAGAAACCAGCAGGACCCUCUAUUUCCAAGCCUGCUGCCAAACCAGCAGCAGGGGCUCCUCCAGCCAAGACCAAGGCUGAGCCAGCACCAGCACCAGCACCAGCUGUCCCUCCAGCCCCUCAGAAAACCCAGGAGCCCCCCAUCGAUCUCUCCAAAGUGGUGAUCGAGUUUAACAAGGACCAGCUGGAGGAGUUCAAAGAGGCCUUUGAGCUGUUUGAUCGAGUGGGGGAUGGCAAGAUCCUGUAUGGCCAGUGUGGGGACGUGAUGAGGGCCCUGGGCCAGAACCCCACCAACGCCGAGGUGCUCAAGGUCCUGGGGAAUCCCAAGAGUGAUGAGCUGAAGUCCCGGCGUGUGGACUUCGAAACUUUCUUGCCCAUGCUCCAGGCGGUAGCCAAAAACCGGGGCCAAGGCACAUAUGAGGACUACCUGGAGGGCCUUCGGGUGUUUGACAAAGAGGGGAACGGCAAAGUCAUGGGAGCAGAGCUCAGACAUGUCCUCACUACCCUGGGAGAGAGGAUGACCGAAGAGGAGGUGGAGACUGUUCUGGCAGGACAUGAGGACAGCAAUGGAUGCAUCAACUACGAAGCCUUCCUGAAGCACAUCCUAAGCGUCUGAGCUCUACUGGUACGGCCCUCCCACUCCGACUGGGGAGAUGCAGUGGGGCCGGACACUGCCCCUCCCCCCCUUCCCUGGCAGGCGGAAGCACGUUCCUGCCACUGGGAGGCCACCUAUUGUUUCAAAAUAAAGACACAGUUCAACCCUC